GAUGAGAAGACUGUGGAGGUUGCAUGGAAGGAGAAAAUUAGUAGUAAAUAGGGAAGGAGGAUCAAACGGGCGACAUCCAGAGACCCCUUCCCUUCAGCGGGUUUAUAUGGCGGGCCAGAGAGUGAAAGUUAUUAGUGUUGAGUGAGCGAGUGCACUGCAACGUACUCUCACCUUUGCUUACACUGUUCCCCCUUCAACACCGUCACGACCACAAUCACCAUCACCGUCACCACUCCCCCAAGCCACCGUCACCACUUAUAUAACCUACACUUCAGUUCCCACCACACCACCACAAUGCAACUCUGCACGUUUGCGAUACUCUGUGGGGCCACACUCCUCGCCCUCGGGGGAUGCCCGGUACAGGGCCGUGCGACAGUGAUGCUGAAAAUGCGAGACUCCUGUGAUGGCAAGUGUUUGAACUUCACAUGUGGUACCCCUAAUCGAGGAGGACGCGUGGUGGGCGGGAAUGAAACCGCUCCCAACGAGUACCCGUGGAUAGUCGCCUUCUACUACAGCGGCAAGUUAUAUUGUAGCGGCAGCCUCGUCAAUGACCGCUACAUCAUCACUGCCGCUCACUGUGUCCGCCGUGUCGCGAAGCACAAGAUAACAUUGAUCUUUGGAAGUCACAACAAGACGAUACAAGAAGAGAAGGGUCGCCAGGUGAGGAAGAUCGACUCGGUGUGGUACCAUCCUUCCUUCCAGCGACACACUUACAACAAUGACCUCGGCAUCAUCAAGUUGGACGUCCCAGUUGAGAUUACCAAAUUCGUCAGACCUAUUUGUCUCCCAAGCAACAGUCAGGAAACCUACGAAGGCAGCAUGGGCAUCGUGGCAGGAUGGGGACGCACGGAUGAGAGCGGCAACUCCAGCGAUGUGUUGCGUUACGUUAAGGUUCCGAUCAUGACCAACACAGAGUGCAAGACCAAGAAAUACCGGCCAAGGGAAAUUACCGAAAACAUGAUGUGCGCUGGAUACGACGCUGGCAAAAUUGACGCCUGCCAGGGUGACAGCGGCGGCCCUCUCAUGUACAAGAAUGGAUCUCGAAUUGAGCUAAUCGGCGUGGUGUCCUGGGGCGAGGGGUGUGCGCGCCCUGGCUACCCCGGAGUCUACACUCGCAUCUCCAUGUACUGGACAGACAUCAACAGAGAGCUCAACAAGGAAAAGAGUUGUUCCUGCCCCGAGCCUUAACUGGACACAACGCUCGAUACGUCCAUGCAUGCGGAUCUCUCAAGUUCUUUCAUUAAUUUAUUUUGCAGUUCAGUGAAUAGUAGGUAGAGUUUUCUUAAUUUAUUUACUACUUGCACUUUUUUGCAACUAAAUAACUUAUUUGUCCUAAGUCGACGGUAAUUUAUUCUUAAUGUCAACACAUUAGACAUUCAUAAACUUUGUUAAAAAAGAAACAUUCACAAAGCUUUGUCUGGACUCAUGCAACUUCGGCAUUUUAUUUCCCUUUAACCUGGGAAUAUGAAACCCGUAUGCUGCAAUAUGCCGUGAUUGAUUUUACAACUUCAAUAUGUUUUAAUCAUAUCUAGGCAAAAUUAAACAUUGAAAGCAGCAAAGACGUCAUAGAUUUUAGAACUGAAUAUAUGUUGCCAUUAAUCAUGUGAGUGAGCUGACGCUAAUAAGGACACUACAUCAAACUAAACUUUUCACUACAUAUUGCACAACACAUUAGUCACUUACUUAUUCCCAGCACUCGGUCCUCAGCACUAAUCCACAAGUAUUCCAGUCUUCUGUAUUCUUGCGCUAUUCGUCUUUCCCUCUCCCGCUGCCGUCGCCUUCAGACAUGAUCUUUGUCGCCCUUAAAUUCACCACCUAACCAUUAACACUCAAUUAUAGCUUCCCAGGCUUUACCAUCCUCAAAAACUACCUCAUCACCUUUCGUCCCUAACCCACAAGUUUUCCAGUCCUUAUUUUCUCUCUUUACCACAUUCUCCUUCCCGACACAACAUCGUCAGCACUCUCCUGCAUCUCCUGUCCUCAGUAUUUUUACAUAUAACUUUUCCAGAUAGCAUCACCUUCAGAACAUAGCUGCACCAAGUCCUUAACUGUAAUCUACGGUUGCGACACCUCCAGCUCUCAUUUCUCUCACACAGCCAGCUUGUCUUAGCCCUCGGCACUGUUCAACCAUCCCACUAAAAUUUUAAAGCUAUGAGUCUCUUAAAUACUACGUUUCCAAGUUCCCAGCACUCUGAAAAAUCUUGCAGGCUUCAACCGUCACCCAAACACGGCCUCUUCAAAUCACAUAGCCUCGGGAACGAAGUCUGUCACGUUACCUUCACCUGAUAACAGCUUUAUUCUGCCCUUCACCGUCCACACACUCUGAAAUAUUUCCAUGCGCACACUCCCUCCCUCACACACACACACACACACACACACACACACGUCCUGCCUUCCUUCAUGAGACAUACAUACCAGGGGACCAUACAAAGAUAAAAUGAGUGUUUCGUAUGUGUUUUAAGUUAUAGUUCAAUCUCACGUGAAAUAUCGCAUGUCUAGUCCUGUUUCAAUAAAUAUAUGCAAAAACCAA